AUGCCGUUUCUCCUUAUUAUUACCCUAUGGUUACAUAUAAUAAUAGUAAUAUAUAAAUGUGUAAAUAUUUUUAAAUCUUCAUAUAUACCUAAUGCUGGAAAUUUAUUAAUAUUUGAAAAUAAAAAUAAAAGAGGAAAGAUAAAAUUUAUUUUAAAUAAAAAUAAAGAGGAAGAAAAUAUAAAAAGAAAGAUAUUAAGGAAAUAUAUUAUUUAUUCCACUGGGGAUGAAAAGGAAUAUGUAAAUAUAAAUGAUAAUUAUAAAAUAUUUCAGAAAAGAAAUUUUAUUAAGAAAUAUCAUGUAAAGGAUGAAGAAAUUAAAGAAUAUAUUGAACAAAUAAAACAGAAUAGAACUAGUGGUUACGAACCUAAAUUUCCAGAGGAGACAUUUCGAACGCCUGAUGGAUUAUCAAAUAUAAUAUUAGAUUAUAAGUAUAAAAAUGAUAAUUUAAAAAUUCAUAACUAUUAUUAUUUUUUCCUUUAUUUUUUGAAGAAAUUACAGGAUGAAAAGCAAAGGAAAAUUAAAUUAAAGAAGAGAAUGGAAGGGAUGAGUGAUGAGUAUGGUGAUAUUAUAGAUGAUGAUAUUGACAAUCGUAUGAUAGAUGUUCAGGAGUUUUUAUUUUUGAAGAAGAAAGGUUUUUUUGAGGGGGAGUUGUAUACAUGGAAAAAUUGGGUUCUAUUGAAUAGGGGUGAAUGGAGAGAUACAAUAGUAUAUGGUGACGAGGAUGAUAAUACAAAAUGUAAUGAUAAUAAAAAAAGUAGUAGUAGUCAUACAUACGGUGAUGAUAAUAUAUGUAAUAUAUAUAAUAUAUAUAAUAAUUAUAAUAACGAAUCAUAUGAUAUAAAAACUCUGAGACCGCUUGUAGAACCCAAAAUGAAAAGAAUGCCCAUUGAAUACUGGGGAAGUUUUCGAGCUAUAGAUUUUAACGUGAAUCAUUAUCCAAUAUAUAAAAAAUUAUUCGAUUAUUUUAAUAAAAUAAAUGUAAAUGAAAAUGAAGAGACAGGGAAAUUCUAUCCUUUCCUUUUUUAUCCUCGUUUUAGUAUUGGCAGGGAUAGAUCAGGUCUAGGAUAUGGUGAUGCUCAAUAUUUUGGUAAUUAUGGAGAUUUUUAUGAGAAGAGAAAAGAAAGAGAAGAAAAAUUAAGAAAGAAAAAAAUUGAAAUUGAAUCAAAUGAAAAUAUAAAUGAUAUAUAUGAUAACAAUAUUAUGGAUUAUAAAAGUUAUGAGAAAAUAUUAAGUAGUAAUAUACAUAAAGAAAAUUUUAUUGAUAAAGAUGAUUUUGGUCCAAAUUUUAUAAAGAUAGAAGAAGCUACUGAUAUAAUAAAAUAUCCACAGAAUGGUAAAUUAUAUCAGAAAUUUUAUAUUGGACCUUUAAAUAUUACUGAUGGACAUACAUUUGGAUCUUUAAUUAAAUAUGUUUGUCAGACUCAAAUUUAUGGAUAUGCUAUUGUUGCUAUAAAAAUACAUAAUAUGAAUGAAGACACAAAAAUUGAUAAUUUGCAAGAAGAUUUAUUAGAAAUCGCAUUAAAUAUCUCAGAUGUAUGUAUAUAUAGUAAAGAAAUAAAUUUAGAAUCUAAUAUUCGAUUAAUAUUUAAAGGACCUUUAAUGUUAGUUGCUGGUAUGAUACCCUUACCUUCACAUUUAAAAAUAAUAAACAAAGAACAUUAUAUAUGUACUAUUAAAGAAGGUGGAUUUAUAGAUAUCUCCAUAAAAAUAGAAUAUGGAAAAGGACAUUGGUUAACAUAUGAUAAAGGAUUAUAUAAAAGAGAACGUGGAUCAGAUAAUGACUGUAUGAAAAAAAGAGAAAUAAAAGAAGUAGUAAAUAAAAAUUAUAUGCCUAUUAGUUCUAGUUUUGGUGCAUGUAGAAUGAUAAGAUUAACUGUUCAUAAAAUAGCUACGAAAUAUUGGUGUGAAGAUAGAUGUGAAUUUACUGAUCCAAAACAAAUGUUAGUUGUAGAAAUAUGGACAGAUUGUAGAAUGUUACCAAAAAAUGUUCUAUUAUAUGGUAUUAAAAAUAUUAAAAAAAUAUUAAGAAAAUUCAGAGAAAUGAUUGUUAAAGAUAAUGAUUUCACAUUUCAUACAGAAGAUGAAGAAAUUAAAAAUUUAUGGCCAUCUAUAGAUAAAUAUAAAUAUUUACAAACAAGACAAAAAAUGGAAGGAGGACCACCUAUACAUAAUAUUGAUGAAGAUGUUCUUAAUGAACAAAUAGAAACAAAUAAAUCAUUUGAUCCAUUUUCUCAAGAAAUUAUGAAUCCAAAUAAUUUUCCAAAACAUUCAAAUAUACAAUUACCUAUACAAGACACACCACCACCUUUUAUAGAUACAUUGGAGUGGUUAAAAAUGGAAGUCAAAAAAGAAAAUAAGAAAAAAAAAAUAACACAAGGCAAAAAUAGUAAAAACCAACUACAUACAAAUCAAGAUAAAUUUAAUAAAAAUAAAAAAUAUGAUUAUGAUGAAUAUUUAAAUCAUCGUUUAUCAGAUAUAUUGGAUGAAAAAUAA